CAAUUGGCUUCCAGGAUGGGCGGGACAAACACAGAUAACGGACCCAAAAAUCCCUCCGUCUGCUGCAGUUAACGUGCACGUCUGUUGAUAAAUAUGUGAAUUAUUAUCAGAAACGUUAUGAGUUUUUGUGUCUGCCCUACAGGAAGACGACAAUCCCGGCUACCGAUGUAGAUACACGCUGAAGCAGUGAGAUGUCUCUGGCUCAGAGGGUUCUAUUGACCUGGGUCUUUACCCUGGUCUUCCUCAUCAUGCUGGUACUGAAACUGGACGGGAAGGUGCAGUGGAACUGGUUCAUCAUCUUCCUCCCGGUCUGGGUAUUUGAUGGCAUCCUCAUCCUCAUGCUUGCCAUAAAGAUGGCGGGCCGCUGCAAGCCCGGGUACGACCCCCGCAACGGCUCCCCCGACCUGCGCCUGCGGGCCUGGUACCUGACGGCCAUGCUGCUGAAGCUGGGCUUCUGCCUGACGCUGUGCGCCAAGCUGGAGAAGCUGGCCGACGUGAAGCUGACGUUUGUGUGUAUCCCGCUGUGGACCAUGUUACUGGGGGCGCUGGUGGAGCUGGGGCUGAACAUCUUCCCUGAGAGGAGAGAGGCCUAGAAGGAACUUAAAAAAAAACACAUUGUGAAUAGAUUUGUGUUUGUAUGACCAAGAUAAAGUGAAAUAUGAACUUUUGUUUUGUCCUGAUUAUGUUUCCAGAGAGGACUAAGACUCAAGAAGGAAUAAAAUCAUUAUUUCAGAUAUCAGUAUUCAUCCAAACAAAACAGACACUGUGUUAAACAUUUAAAUCAUGGGGUGUUCAGACCUCAGUGGAGUAGCCUGUGAUGACUUCAGCAUGGAACAGAAAUGCCACAAUGGGAUGAACUGUAAAUGUAUUAUAAGACUACUGUGAAAUCUACACUGGAAGAAACGUAAACAUGUCAUUUUUGUUUAGAACUCAACAUUUUCAGUUCGUUUUCCUGAAUAGUUUUCAAUGUAGAUAAGCUUGCACAUCUGGAGGAAGCAAACUGUUUUUCGCUUUGUCUUCCCCUUCUUUAUUCAGCUGCAUGCUGAUCAGUUUUGUUACCAAUCAUUGGAUGUACAUUUAGCUAUGUAUGCUUUACAUACUGUCUAUACUCACACACACUCUUUCCUUUCAUCUCUGGGCUAUGCAGAGUACUAGUCAGCCAUAUUUUAUUUGAUAAAUGUACUUUAUAAGUGAUCCUGACAGCAGCCUGCUUUGGCUGCAAUCACAUAAGGAAAUUGCAGGAUAUAAAACUAUCUUGGAACAACUCGUGAUUUUUCCACAGGCUGCCCUCUGCUCUGUUCAAUGUCUCUUUUGUACCAUGUAAAUCAUCAUAAGCCCCAUUGGAAAUCAGUAAGCUGUUAUUACUGUAGGUACAAGGUCCAAAGUCGCUGGGGAAAACUCCAUGACAUGUAUAAUGAUAAAUAUCAUGUUCCCACUGUAUAUGAAGUUGAAUUAUUAGGGUUUGAACAUGCGUCAGAAUGCUUUCUUCCAGUUUCAAAUGUCAGUUAUUCUUGUACGGCUAUGAGUGACAUUUGUAUUGUGCCAUAUCGUUUUCUAUGAAUAUUUCAAAUACAUUCUUUGCGUUAUUUUGCACUUUGUUAACAUUAAGGGGACGAGUUGUCGUACGAGCAAAAGUAUUUCAUGAUUGUUGCACGUCUUGUAAAAAAAUAAACCAAUCCUGAAUAUUAA